AUGCAACCUAUCCUCGUCUCCAAGCCAACGCUCGGAUAUUUAAGGCCUGCAGGUGACCCCUGUAAUAAGUGCAGAGAGCUUGGUUUAAAAGUUAACUCAGAUAAGUUAAAAGCACUCCAGAUAAGAAGAAUAUCAGCCUGCCUGGACUAUAGUGCGCCUGCACUACUAACACUCAGUUCUGACCAAAUUGUCUCUCUAGAAACCAUACAGAAUAGAGCCAUGAGAUCAAUACUUGCUGCCCCAAGAUGGACUAGACUAGCCAAUUUAAGAGUCGAGACUUACUUACCAUCUCUCCACACCAGAAUCAGACAAAUAGCAGUCACUCUCUGUUCAAAGAUGAUCACACAUACCAGACCUUCACCCUUAAAAACUUUCAGCCGUAUGCUUCAUAACCAAGACUUACACCACAACCUCACAUGGCACCGCAAGUUAGCUGAAGCAUUCCACUUCCUUAAUACAGUACCUAUACUAUCGGCAAGAGGAAUAGAUAACUAUCACCCACACUACCAUCCAAACCCCCCAUGGAAAGACAAAUCUAUAUCAAUACACACCAGCACCAUUCCUACCACGAAGGCUCUGUGCACUCCUACUGUUGAUCAGGCCACUGGCAGAUCAGGGGCAGCCAUAGUUACCGACGACAUGAGCAUAGCACACAGAAUGUCAGAUGGAGCAUCCACUCUACAAACUGAACUGUAUGCCAUCAAGUUGGCUUUCAGACACGCAGUAUAUACUACACACCCAACUAUACAUAUCUUCACUGACUCUCUCUUAGCCAUACAGACCCUUAAGAAAAACCAAGUCACAGAUAAUCUCAAACUAGUAACAACCAUUCUCUUUCACAUUCAGCAACUGGAAGAACAAGGAAAGACCCUGAGUUUAUGGUGGAUCCCCAGCCACGUCAACAUCUCUGGCAACGAGUCUGCUGAUGCUGCUGCCAAGAAUAGUCUACGUUUCAGCACUAUCAAUGGACACAUUACCCCAAGAUCCCCAUCAGCAAAUUGGUACAAGAUAGUCACCGACUACAAUCCUCCAUUCUCAGUCACCACUCUUCCCAGGAAAUCUGCUGCAGUAUACCACAGACUCAGCUUAGGAUACAGAUGCAAUUGGGAGAUAGAUAUCAGAGUCCCCAGGCCAUGUACCUUGUGUACCAUAAUCACUGAUGAGCCUCUAAUCCACUACAUCCUGGACUGCCCUAAUAUCCAGCAGUUACGACCUCAGCAAUACCAAGGCCCGCACAAAAGAGAUCGAAGACAAUUUGCUUCUACAGCUGCCAGAUGUCUAGCCGAAAUACUCAGCUCACCUGAUGUCCUCCAGGUACUUACAAGUGUACCUCCACCCAGAUGA